AAAUUUUGGAGUAAAUUAAAAAGUGAAGAAAGCUCUCCAAAUGAAGAAAAAUUUUAUUCAGUUCCAAUUGAAAAUCUUUUACAAGCAACUGUUCAACCGGAAGAUGGCAAAAAUAUUUUUUUUGUUGACACCACAAGGGUGGUCUGGCGAAAGAAGCCAAGAUAUUUCUCAGCACGACAAGCAUGCGCAAUUGAAUCAGCCGCUCGAACUAAUCCUCAUAUGAAAGUUUUCUUGAUGUUUUUCUCGCGAUUUCCAUUUGACGAUAAAAUUGAAUUGACACAAAAUGAAAAAAUGUUUAUUGAAAUGCUUAAAACAUUUCCAAAUGUUCAUGUAAAUUAUGUAAAUCUAACAGAAUUUUCAAUUGGAUCACCAAUGGAGAAUUUCAUAAAGAAUGAUGAGCUGAAAAAAUCAACAUUUAAAAGCAGUCAUUAUUCCGAUGUGAUCAGAGUUAUGGCAUUGUGGAAAUAUGGUGGAACAUAUCUUGACACUGAUGUCAUAGUGAAAAAGAAGUUGGAUUCAAUUCCAGGGAAUUAUCUUUGCGUAGAUGUUGCCAAUGCCGCUAAUGGAGCUGUCAUGAAUUUUGAAAGUAACGAAGAUGGGAAAAGAUUAGCAGAAAUAUUUGCUAAUGAUUUAGUGGAGAACUUUGAUGGAACUGUUUGGGGAAGCAAUGGACCGGAAAUGGUGACAAGAGUCUUGGUGAAACUUUGUGGAACAAAUUCAACCAAGGAAAUGGUUGCAAUGGGAAACUGUGAUGGUUUUCAUGUUCUUCCUAGAAAUGUUUGUUAUCCAAUCACCGGAAAUUUGUGGGAGAAACUUUUAAGUGAAGAUUUUAAAGAAUUCGCAAUGGAAGCAACAAAAGAUUCAAUCGUCGUCCAUUUCUGGNACAAUGUCACAACUCGAACUAAUUCUCAUAUGAAAGUUUUCUUGAUGUUUUUCUCGCGAUUUCCAUUUGACGAUAAAAUUGAAUUGACACAAAAUGAAAAAAUGUUUAUUGAAAUGCUUAAAACAUUUCCAAAUGUUCAUGUAAAUUAUGUAAAUCUAACAAAAUUUUCAAUUGGAUCACCAAUGGAGAAUUUCAUAAAGAAUGAUGAGCUGAAAAAAUCAACAUUUAAAAGCAGUCAUUAUUCCGAUGUGAUCAGAGUUAUGGCAUUGUGGAAAUAUGGUGGAACAUAUCUUGACACUGAUGUCAUAGUGAAAAAGAAGUUGGAUUCAAUUCCAGGGAAUUAUCUUUGCGUAGAUGUUGCCAAUGCCGCUAAUGGAGCUGUCAUGAAUUUUGAAAGUAACGAAGAUGGGAAAAGAUUAGCAGAAAUAUUUGCUAAUGAUUUAGUGGAGAACUUUGAUGGAACUGUUUGGGGAAGCAAUGGGCCAGAUAUGGUGACAAGAGUCUUGGUGAAACUUUGUGGAACGAAUUCUACCAAGGAAAUGGUUGCAAUGGGAAACUGUGAUGGUUUUCAUGUUCUUCCUAGAAAUGUUUGUUAUCCAAUCACCGGAAAUUUGUGGGAGAAACUUUUAAGUGAAGAUUUUAAAGAAUUCGCAAUGGAAGCAACAAAAGAUUCAAUCGUCGUCCAUUUCUGGAAUAAUUUAUCAAAAAAUAAAACUUUAAGUGUCAACUCUGACACUGCAUACGUUUUAUUAGCAAAAGAAUUUUGUCCCAAAGUCAUGUCAAUAACUGGAAAUUUCUUU